AUGAAGAUCUCAACUACGACCGGUCUUGUUGGCCUGGCUCCCUUGGCUGCUGCGUCGCAGCUUGUCUGGCCAUCGAAAUGGGACGAACUCGAGGAUCUCUAUACCAUGAUGAGCGGAUACGGCAAACGUGGCUUCGCCGACGCCCUUACAACGUGCGAAUUUGGAACCUUCAUCCCCGGACGUCAAAACUCGGCCGAGUGGAUCCGGACAGCUUUCCAUGACGCAGUGACGCACAAUGUCGAAGCUGGAACCGGAGGGUUGGACGCUUCUAUCUAUUUCGAACUCGACCGACCUGAGAACCCCGGUAGUGCUUUCAACAAUACGUUCGGCUUCUUUAGCGGCUUCCACAAUGCCCGCGCUACAGCCUCGGACCUCACAGCCCUGGGCCUAGUUGUCGCGACUGGCGCAUGCGAAGGACCCAAGGUUCCCUUCCGAGCCGGCCGCGUCGACGCCUACCAAGAGGGACCUCCAGGCGUGCCGGAGCCAUCAACAAACCUGAAAGACACGUUCGCGACAUUCACUAAGGCCGGCUUCACUAAGGAGGACAUGACCGCCAUGGUGGCAUGCGGACAUGCCAUCGGUGGCGUUCAUAGUGCCGAUUUCCCCGAUGUCACCGGGAUCAAGGCGGAUCCUAAUAACGAUACAACCGUGCAUUUUCAGGAGGACGUUAGUCGUUUCCACAACGGGGUCGUGACAGAGUUCCUGAGCGGAACAACCAAGAACCCCCUAGUCGUCGCAUCUAACGAUACCCUGAACUCUGAUAAGCGCAUCUUCGAUAACGAUCGCGCCACGAUGGAGAAGCUGUCUUCUACAGAAGAGUUUAACUCUAUGUGUGCCGACGUCUUCGCCCGCAUGAUCGACACUGUGCCCAGCAGCGUCAAGUUGACUGACGUGAUUGACCCUUACGAUGUCAAGCCGUACGUCGACGAGUUGUCUCUUGACAGUGAGGGUGAACUUCAUUUUACGGGGUCUAUUCGUUUCAGCCUUUCGGCGGCCAGCGGCCGAGACGCCAACGAUUUAUCCGUCGAGCUGGUCUACGCCGAUAGAAGCGGCGAGACCAACGCCACUAUACCAACGACGCACGCCAUGUGGCAGGGGGGUCUCGGUAGCGGCUACUUUGGCAAUUUUGUCUCCGUUGAGUUCGACACCACCAUUAACGCCGAGAAGGGCAUCAGCAACUUUUGGAUUAAGGAGACGACUCCGUCCACCAAUAUCACCAAGACUCAUGACAACCAGAACACUGGAGGCUACAAGGUCGACGAUACCGUCCUCUAUCAACUAUCAGAGUCUUGCUUCGAGGUCAACAAGGUCAGUACGGGUGCAGCACCCAUAGUGGUCACAGCCAUGGUUCGAGACGAACGCGCUUCGGACCCCCUAACAUUGGCGGUCACGAAGAAGCUGCCGAUCCAAGGAGUCAUCGUCCCUAAGCUUCAGGUCGAGACCACCAACUUCGAGCCUACAGGGAAGAAGCUGAAUGGAUGGACUGCCUUCCAAGCCAAUACUACGGUGGCUAGCCAAAACCUAAGGUUUGACAUUGCUCUAGGUGGCGAGAAGCCCGCGGGUGUUGAGUUCCAGAACUCGAAUCUCAUGCCUGAGCAGUGUUCAUAG